ACAACUCUGGGACGGACCAAGAUGGAGGCUCCCACUGAGGGGCAGCUCUUCGCCUCCGGGAUCGAAAAGAGCUGGGGCGCGGUCGUCCGCUCCCCUGAAGGGACACCCCAGAAGGUCCAGCAGCUGAUAGAUGAGGGAAUUGUCCCGGAGGAGGGAGGCGCAGAAGCAAAGGACACACCUGCCACAUUCCAGCCAGUGGAUGGAUCGCCUCAGGCGGAACAGCCUCCGUUGGAAUCUACCAGCAAAGAAGCCUUUUUUCACAGAGUGGAGACCUUUUCUUCUCUGAAAUGGGCAGGGAAGCCCCCCGAGCUGUCUCCACUUAUCUGCGCAAGAUAUGGUUGGGUCGCCGUGGAAUGUGACCUGCUCAGGUGCUCCAGCUGCCAGGCUCUCCUCUGUGCCAGCUUACAGCCAGCUCUGGACUUCAGCAGAUAUAAGGAACGAUGUGCUGAGCUCAAGAAAUCUUUGUGCAGUGCCCAUGAGAAGUUCUGCUUUUGGCCAGACAGCCCCUCUCCAGAUAGAUUUGGGACGCUGCCAUUGGGUGAGCCUGCUGUUCUUGUCAGUGAGUUCGUGGACCGGUUUCAAAGCCUUUGUCAUUUGGACCUUCAGCUUCCUUCCCUGAGGCCAGAGGACUUGAAAACUAUGUGCCUGACAGAAGACGAGCUCGGCGCUCUGCUGCACCUGCUGCACGGUGAGCUCGAUGGCCAAGCUGAGGGCAGGAAGACUGCGGGCAGGCUCGGCUCCGACGCCCAAGUGCACGCCACCGCGUGUGUGCUCUCUCUGUGCGGCUGGGCGUGGAGCUCUGUGGAGCCUACACAGCUCUCCCUGGUAACUUGUUCCCAGUGCACGAGGAAGGUUGGCCUCUGGGGCUUUCAGCAGAUGGAAUCAUCUGUGACAGAUCUGGAUGCUUCCUUUGGCCCGACCAGCUCCCCCGUUCCAAGUGCAGAGGGCCGGCCUGAGCACAUCCCUCUGGUGCCUGAGUCUCCCAGGCGCAUGAUGACGCGGAGCCAGGAUACUACCGCCUCUCCAGGCUCGGAGCAGUCUGAAAAAAGUCCAGGUCCCAUUGUCUCCCGAACUCGGAGCUGGGACUCCUGCAAUCCUGCUGACCGGCCUGAGUCAGAGGCAGCCAGCCCCAGCACCCGGAACCGCCCAGUGACACGGAGCAUGGGAACUGGAGAUUCCUCCGGCUUGGACGUUCCCUCCAGCCCUCUUCGGAAAGCCAAGCGCGCCCGCCUCUGCUCAUCCAGCGGCUCAGACACGUCUGCCCGAAGCUUCUUUAAUCCCACCUCUCAGCAUAGAGAUUGGUGCCCUUGGGUGGACGUCACACUUGUCAAAGAAACCAGGGAGAAUGGGAAAGCGGAGGUGGAUGCCAGCGCCCCAGCAGAGCCAGGCUGGAAGGCCGCAUUGACCAUCCUGCUGGCCCAGAAGCGUUCUGCCCAGCCAGAUGAGGUGGACUCUAUGAGUCUCUCAGAAAAGUCACGGAAAGUGUUCCGGAUAUUCCGGCAGUGGGAGUCUUUGUGCUCGCCCUGAACUCCAGGCUCACCUGUGGAGGGCGACCCUGACUUCUCUCUGGCCAGCUGAUCCUCGGCGUGGUUUAAUUGCCAGUGCAAAGGCCUGCCAUCUGCAUGAUGAAGAGGAGAGCCCAGUGCCACUAGGGGGUGUGGACAGGGUAAGGCACGGCAAGACCAGUUCUGCGGGACUGUGGAGUCACGAGACCAGCCUCAAGACUGGAGGAUCGCAGCAGCGCUCUAAGCAAAUCACCCAGGAAUGGGACAGUGUUUGUAAUAAAGUGUUUGCUAAGAUGCC